AGCCCCUGUUGCAGCAAUGGACGUCUUCUUGAUGAUCCGUCGCCACAAAAUGACCAUCUUUGCUGAUGCCAAGGAGACGACCACUGUGCAGGAGCUGAAGAAGAUUGUGGAGGGCAUCCUGAAGAGGCCUCCGGAGGAGCAGCAGCUAUACAAGGAUGACUGGUUGCUGGAGGAUGGUGACAGGACCUUGAUAGAAUGUGGGUUAAGCAGUCAGACCUCCCGUCCCCAGGCGCCAGCCAUGGUGGGCUUGGCCUUAUUCAGAGCCAGCGAGGGCUCCUUUGAGCCAUUGCACAUCGACCCCUUCUCCAGCACCCCCGAGCUGCCUGAUGUCUUGAAGCCUCAAGAUUCUGGUAGCAGCUCUGGCGAGCAGCCUAUGCAGUGAA